AUGUCUGCAAGUCCCGCCAAGACCCACCCGCCACUUGCGCUCCCGGUCCCCAGUAGCCUCUCCGACCCCGGCGCACCUGUCUGCGCCCCGCGGUGCCCACCCCCCAGCCUGGCCCCGGGUCUUGCCGUCCGCAGCCCCGCGCAGCGCCACCCCUCAUCCACGGAGCCCCGACCAGCGCACACCAGCCUCCAACCCCGUGCCCCCGUCGCCAUAAUGCCCCUCCGACCAAGCCUCGCUGACCCUUCGCCCCCCGAACAACCUGCGCUCGCGGCUACCGCUGCCGGACCACCCAUGAGAGCCGCCCCUCGCCCACAUGUACCCGUCCUCGAGCGCGCUCCCUCAGCUCACUCCCCGCGGUUACAUGCUACUCGAGCACCAAAGCAAGGAACGCCUCCACCCCAUCCAGCCGAGCCCGCAAACCGAUGGGGGGGGCCCCCACCGGACCUGGCGUCAGACGCGCCGGAGCCCCAGCAACCCACAGCCCCCUCCCCAGGCGGCCCCCCCCGCCCCCACCACAACCAUCCGCCAACCCCCCAUGGCCCGCCCGGCGCUCACGCCGCCAGGCGGCUUAAACCCCACCACCCCCGGGCCGCCCCACGUCAGGGGGGCCCGCUCGCCCCAAGCCACCGAAGCCACCCGCGCCUGCCCGUUCACGCGCCUCGGGUCGCCCGGCCGGGUCAACCGUUAGAACACCCGCACCCCCCCACUCCGCUGCUGGGCCCCCCCAGGCCGGCCCAUCCGAACCGUCACAACCCCCACAGCGGGCGCGGCUCCACGCGCCGAGCAAUCGCCCCACCGCCGCCCUCCGACCCCGCGGCGCGGCCCACGACUGCCGCCGUGGUCUUUCCCCCCCGCCAACCCCAGACCAAACCCCCCAACGGACAGAGGUUAUGCGCAAUCGUGAAUGACAACGCACGCAUCCCCACCAGCGCAGCCCGACGGAGGGCAAGCCGCACAACCCUCCCCCGCCGCCAGCCGACCCGACCGUCGGGCGACCCCACCGACCCGCUCCGCGCUGCCCCGAACCCCGCCCACCCGCCGCACGGGCGUCCCCCCGCCCCUCCCGGGCCGUCACGGCACUCCAACCUGGCUGUCCCACCCAUCCCGCCCCCACUGAAAGAGGGAACAACCACCCCCGAGUCCUUUUUACACGCCCCCCCCGCCCCCGCUGAGGGGGCACCGCGCCCCGACAAGUCUAAGCCACGCGCACUGCCCCCCGGCCGCACCCAGGGCCAAAACCGGGCUAUAGAGACGUCCUCAGCGGGCGCCGACCAGCUAGCUGCCACCCAAUGGCCCCCCCCCAACACGCCGCCCGUUCGCCCCGCAUUCACCCACCCCGCUUCAAGACGCCCCUACACGCCGCCGACAACAUGCCACCCCGCCGGGCCGCCCACCGGCCGUUGA